AAAUCUCAAAAGCCAGCUGCUGCUUCAAUCUUAAUGAUCCUCAUAUUCAUUUUUGGGCCUAAAUAAUCAUCUCUAUUUAAACACAUCAUAAAUUCUACUUUUAAUGGAUUCCAUACAAAUAAAUUUUUAAUCUUAUAAAUCACCACCAGCCUCUGAAAGUUGAUCAAAGAGAAAAGUUUUUCUUGUCUCAUUUCAAUCUGAAUUUUGAAUCCAACGACGACAAAGGCAGCAAUAAGAACCUCAAGCAAGCAAGUUUCUUGCUGGAAGAGACUUUUUGCUGCUAAUCUUAUCCAGUUAUUCUUGAGAUGCUAUUUCUUUGGCUUCCCAGUAUGCAUAAUAUUUGGUUCAACCUCUCCUGUGAAAUUAUGGAAGGUGCUUGGGCUAUUAGCAUCAGGUUUAUGCCUAUCUGUUGAAGCAAGAUUUUGGUUACAGAAAUGUAACGCGGCUGGUCCAAAAAAAUUUAAUAAACAAAUAAAUAAGAGAAAAAAAAGAAAACGGUGCUUCUAUUGGCUGAUUUGGAACUCAGUACCCAUUGGAAAACUCAAACUUUGAUCAUAAUUUGUUUCUUCAUUUUUACUUUAUAUCACUCAAACGUCAAAUUAAGUAUAUCACUUUCAUCUCUAAAGGUAUUGUACCUAGUUGUGGGGUGUAGUUUAUGCUUAUUUUGAUAGCUUGUGGUGUUACUAUGAAUCACCAUGGUGUUGUAUCUGUAACAGAAAAUGAGUCUCUUUCUAGUAAAGGAAUCACACAGCCGUAUUUCACUACAUUAUCCCCCGUCCAUGACUUUUUUAACAGUGAGUCAGAAGGUCAAAGUUGUUUGACAAGUGAAUUUUCUUCUUCCCGUCCAUCCCCUUUCAUGCUUACAGAUUCUCUUUCUCCAAAUACCAUGCAAUCUAUAGUCCAACCGCCCAAGUACUUUCUAAAAUCUGGACCUGACAUGCCUCUGUCUCCUGCUUCUCACAUUCAACAUUCUAAGAGCACAUUUCAGCGCUCUUCUGUGUUCUGCACCAGUUUAUACCUGUCAUCUUCAUCAAGCUCUGAAACUAACCGGCAGCUAGGAAAUUUGCCAUUUCUUCCACAUCCUUCUGCACAUGCUCAUUCUCUUUCUGCUAUUGAUUCGACAAAAUCUCCCCUGCUUUUUACUGAUGAUAUAAGCAAUCCAUAUGACGAGGAGCACUCAGAUUGUCUCAUGAAGGACUUCGUUAAUUUUCCAGGAGAUGCUUCUAGGAGUAGCUUUCAUGGUAUGACUUGUGCAAGUGACAAUUUAGUACUUGCAGACCAACUGGAGCUGCAGUUUCUGUCAGAUGAACUUGACAUAGCUAUAACAGACCAUGGUGAAAAUCCAAGGGUUGAUGAAAUAUAUGAGACACCUGAAGCUUCCUCAAAUCCAGCUAUAGGAUCGACAUGCAACCUGAAUGUUGCCUCUGUGAAGCCAUCUGCGGAUGCUCCUUCUAGUCACCCCUCUCCUGGGACAGCUGCUGUGCACAAGCCAAGAAUGAGAUGGACGCCUGAGCUUCAUGAAAGUUUUGUGGAGGCCAUUAUCAAGCUUGGCGGAGCCGAAAUUGUGCCAAUUCUUGGUUCAUUUGUAAAUGUAGAGGCAACUCCAAAGGGUGUCUUAAAGCUAAUGAAUGUUGAAGGUUUGACCAUAUAUCAUGUGAAAAGCCAUUUACAGAAAUAUCGCAUUGCCAAGUAUUUGCCAGACAAAAAGGAAGAGAAGAAGGCUUCAUGCUCUGAAGAAAAGAAGGCAGCUUCAAGUAGCACUGAAAGUGACAACCAAAAGAAGGGGAUGACUCAAAUCACUGAGGCGUUGCGCAUGCAAAUGGAAGUGCAGAAACAGCUGCAUGAACAGCUGGAGGUACAAAGAGCACUUCAACUGCGAAUAGAAGAACAUGCAAGGUACUUGCAGAAAAUCUUGGAGGAACAGCAGAAAGCUGGAGGCACCUCACUUUCUCCCAAAGACUUGUCAUCGUUGACCAAUCCACCUGAGGCUUCGGUGCUGCCGCCUUCCCAAGAGGUUGUUACAUUGCAUCCCCAGUCAACCGAGUCCAAAACUGUCUCAUCAUCAUCAAAGAAGAAACCAACUGUUGACAGUGAAAUUGAGCAACCACAAAGAGAUAAAAAGAUCCGUGUAGAAAAGAAGCCAGAAUCAGCAAAAGAAGAGGCUGCCGUUGAAAGUCCCGUGCAAUAACAACAGCUUUAUUAGUAGCACUUUUGUAUUGUAAUAUACCGUCCAUUGUUUGCGUGUUUGCAAGACCAUAUUACUCUGUUAGAACUGUAAUUCUGUUGUAAAGCAGUAAGUGAAAAUGAGAUUCAUUUGAUUUA